AGACAAUACCCACAGACGCAGGCAGCCAAUUGGGCCGUCCGGUUGCCGUGCAUCCUGGGAGCUGUAGUUUCCGGCUCCCUCCUCCUGACUCCAAACUCCACCGAGCAGCUGGAGGACGGUUGCUUGGUAUUAUUAGCAAGCGAGAAGUAUGGCGGUGGCGCGCGUCGACCCGGCUUUGCCUCCUGGAGAAGGAUCAGUGGUCAACUGGUCAGGACAGGGGCUACAGAAAUUAAGUCCAAACUUACCCUGUGAAGCUGAUAUUCAUACUUUGAUUCUGGAUAAAAAUCAGAUUAUUAAAUUGGAAAAUCUUGAGAAAUGCCAACAAUUAAUACAAUUGUCAGUGGCUAAUAAUCGGCUGGUGCGAAUGAUGGGUGUGGCCAAACUGACCCAACUCCGGGUGUUGAAUUUGCCUCAUAACAGCAUUGGCUAUGUGGAAGGGCUGAAGGAUCUAGUACAUUUGGAAUGGCUGAAUUUGGCAGGAAAUAAUCUCAAGGUCAUGGAACAAAUCAGUAGCUGUGCAGCUCUACAGCACCUUGAUUUAUCAGACAAUAACAUAUCCCAGAUAGGUGAUCUAUCUAAAUUGGUAUCACUGAAGGGAACAUCCAGAUUAAACAUUUUCUUCAUUAUGACUGAGCCAGCCAGGCACCAUGGAAAGUAUCCUGGGUGCUUUGAUGACUUUAGUUUGAAAGCUGAAUGGCUCUAUAGUCAAGGCAAGGGGAGAGCAUAUCGGCCAGGCCAGCAUAUCCAGCUUGUGCAGUAUCUGGCUACAGUCUGUCCUCUCACUUCCACACUGGGUCUUCAGACUGCAGAGGAUGCCAAACUAGAGAAGAUUCUGAGCAAACAGAGGUUUCAUCAGAGACAGUUGAUGAACCAAAGCCAAAGUGAAGAGCUAGCUCCUCUUGCUCCUACUGAAACAAGAGCACCCCUUGUACCUGAGCAUUCAAGCCCUGUUCAAGAUGGCCAGAUAGUCCAGGAAAGCGAACCCGUCAUCCAAGUCAAUUCUUGGGUUGGGAUUAACAGUAAUGGUGAUCAAUUAUAUGCUAUUAAGAGUAACUUUCCAGCCUCUGUACACACUACAAGAUAUUCUCGAAAUGACCUGCACUUGGAAGACAUACAGACAGAUGAGGACAAGUUAAACUGUAGUCUUCUCUCUUCAGAGUCUACUUUUAUGCCAGUUGCAUCAGGACUCUCUCCAGUGUCACCUACAGUUGAGCUGAGGCUACAAGGCAUUAACCUGGGCCUAGAAGAUUAUGGUGUUGCAGAUGAAUCUGUGAAAGGGCUGGAAAACCAGGACUUUAAUAAGGAAGAUGAAAAGGCUUUUUGGACUGCAAAUGAGAAUUCCGUUCAAAUGAAGGAAAGUGUCAUCAGUACAGAGGUAAAUGAGAAAGAUGGGCUAUUACCUUGUCUGGAGCCAACAGUAACUAGUGCUGUCUUGAAGGAUGACACCCAUAGUCUUACAUCUUUUCCUGAGUCAGUUGGACACAGUGUCUUCCAUACACAGCCAGACAGUGAAGAAACCAUGUCUCAGUCAGCUUCGGAGAAACUUCCCUGUGGGAUUUUAACCCAGAGAUCUGUUGCUCUGGGACAAGAUAAAGUUGCCCUUCAGAAAUUGAAUGAAGCAGCCACCAAACUUCAGGCCUAUUGGCGGGGCUUUUAUGCCAGGAACUACAACCCCCAAGCUAAAGAUGUGCGUCAUGAAAUUCGGCUGCGCAGAAUGCAGGAACACAUUGUUUGCUUAACUGAUGAAAUAAGGAGAUUAAGAAAAGAAAGAGAUGAAGAACGUAUUAAAAAAUAUGUACAAGAAGAGGCUGUCAGAUUCCUUUGGAACCAGGUAAGGUCUCUGCAAUCUUGGCAACAGAUGGUGGAUCAGCAUCUAAGUUCCUGGCAUACUGAUGUUCCUCCUAUAUCAAGUACUCUAGUACCCUCUAAACCUCCAUUAUUCACCCAAAGUCAGGAGCCCUCUUCUGAUCAAAAUUCUGAUUGGCUCAUUGCUCCUGAUGAGGCUCCUCAAGAGAAAUCCUUACCAGAAUUUCCAGACUCAGGUUUUCAUUCUUCCCUAACAGACCACGUUCACUGUUUGCAGGAUUCUUUGGAUUUUGAAAAAAGUUCCACAGAAGGCAGUGAAAGUUCCAUAAUGGGGAAUUCCAUUGACACAGUCAGAUAUGGCAAAGAGUCAGAUGUAGGGGAUGUCAGCGAUGAGCACGGUGAAUGGAAUAAGGAAAGCUUAAACAAUGAGCAGGAUAAUAGUCUGCUUGAGCAGUAUUUAACUUCAGUGCAACAGCUAGAAGAUGCUGAUGAGAGGACAAAUUUUGAUGAAGGAACAGGAGAUAGUAAGCUUCACAUAGCUCCUUCCCCUGAAAAGUUAGAUGCCUUGUCUGACGGGGCUUCUGUAGAUGAUACUCAUGGCAUAUCUCCUACUUUGCAAGAUGAAAUCAGCCAGGCACCAGAAAAUUGUAAAUUAAAUGCUGAUGUUCAAGGGCAACAGUCAGACUGCGAUUCUACAUUUCAGGUAUUGCAUGUUGGUAUUACUGUGUAGCAUGUCUGGUUGCUUGGGAAGCAGAAAUCUACUUAACAAUUUCAGUUGCCUUUUUUUUUUUUUUUUUUUUUUGGUGAAGGGGAAUAUCACCCCCAUUUUUGUUACUAUUUAUAUAGACUUUGUAUUCUUGUCUCUUGUUUUCAAUAUUUUAGAGACUGGGCUGAAUCUUCAUUUUGAUAUUAUUAGCUAUUCGCUGUAAUCUAUCAAACAAUAUUUAUAUUGAAAGCUAUAUGCACUUUAUUUCCUAACAACUGAAUUGCAUCAACAGUGUUGUUUUUUAAUGUACUCAUUUCCUUUCAAAAAUAAACGAAUAUCUUUCAAGAAAAUAGAGGAGUUUACCUUAAAGAUAUAAAUAAGAGAAGUUAGACUUUUCUGUAUGUCAGGAAAUUAAUUAUGAAGUAAGGAAUGUGACUUGUUAAAGUGAGUGUAGAUGACAAAUAUGAAAGACUGUGAACUAUAGAAAUUUUCCAGCCUCCUUGGAAUAAGAACAUGUAUUUUUAAGCCUUUACCACCCCCUUACGAGUUAAGAAAAGCCUUCUUAUAAGCAAAUAGGGAGAAAGGGUAAGAUUAUAGGAUUUUUCAGAGGAAAUGAAUAUAAUUGUCUCAUGGAAAACUUUAGUUAAUGUCAUGUGUCAGUCUUAACAUAUGAAGCAGUGUUCAUCUGGAAUUAAAAUCAAGCUUACUUAAAGAGGCAUGACUAGAAUAUUUCUCUUAGAUGUGAAGAAAGCAGAUGCUAGGCUCCAUUUGCUUGGAAUAAUGUCACAGCAGACAUUAUCUUUUCAUUCAGUGCUUUUUUACCCUAUAGAUAAGCAUUUAUGUGCCAACUUCCUUGCCAGAAAUUAACAUAUGUUCUUCUUCUCUGACCCUGCAUUAUAUUUGCUUAUGUAUUUCAGCAGAAGGUCCAUGGCCAUUUACUUCAUUUUUUGACCUCUGUUUCACAGUGAAGAACAUUUAAAAUAAUAUUAGUGGUAGAAUAUGACUUUUUAAAAGGACUAUUUUCUGUCCAACUAUCUGAAAAAGUGCCACAUUUGGAAGACAAUUUAAUGGUGGUUAAGAAAAAAUAAACCUCACUUAUUUCUUAUUAAGAAGAAUACAUAUCUGUAACUUCAGGAAGAAAUGAUAAUAUUGUGUUGAAGGUUAUAGAUGGAUGCAUUUGCAAAUCAAGGAAGCUUGAUAAAUUAAUCUUUGAGAAUGUUGUAGUAUCCUUGAACAACAUAUAUCUGAUUUCCCCUGAUCUUUGGACAUACAACUAUUUAAAACUGUGGCAAUACUUAAGUGUUCUAAAUUUAGGUGCUAAAUAUCUGUUCAUUUUUCUGUUACAGUCACUAGAUCCCUUUCUUCGAAGUUAUAUAAAAUCCUUCAAGAAUAAAGUCAGGGAUCACAUGUUAUAACUUUGUUGAUAGCUAGAAACAUUUCUCCAGUAUGGGUAAGAUGUAUUUUUCUCGGUUUAUAAAUAUGUAGCCCUCAGGUUGAGAAUACUUGGAUUUCAUUCUCAGAAAUCCAGAGGCUCUUGAAAAGGAAAUAUUUUCUGUCUCUUAUAAAUGAAACAGCCGUCUUACAUUCAAAAUUUUCCCUAGUGAAGCAUGUGUAAUGUUGAAUGCACAUUAAAUAAAAAUAGAAUUUUUUACUUUUUGAAUAAUGCUAAUUAUCUUUUAUGAAUGAUUUUGAAUUUCUUCUUAAAUAUACCCUAUUUUUCUAUUUUACAGUUAAGUGCCUCAUUUGCUGCCCAUAGUUAGAGAAAAACCAACUUGCACUGCACUAAUACCAAAGUGCUGCUUUAUGGUACAUUAAUUUCUCAUAAAAGUUCCUAAAAUGUCAUGGUUCAGUAUUGCCUAAGUAGGUUUCUGCUGAUAUCUUCUCCCUCUUUUUCUAAGAAAUGGCACAACACAGCUAAAUUCAUUUGAACAUUAGCAUUUGUCAGCAAGAUUUCCUUUUUUACCUUUGUUUUUCUAGCCCAUAAAUAGUAUUAGUGUACUUUUAUUUUAAAAUUGGCAGGUUAUGAUAAUGGUUAAUAUUCUGCUCUUCAUUUGAUUUACCUUUACUAGUGUUUUGAAGUGCAAGAAUAUUAAGUAGCUCCCUACCUUAAACUGUACAGAUUAUUUUGAAUGUAGAUAGAAUGAAAAUAAUGUAAAUUAGAAUGCAGGAAAAUUGUGGCAUAGACUUAAUAUAUUUUAAUAGGUUUACAGUGUAAUUUAAAAUAACUUACGUAAUUAAGUGUUAUGUCAUGGGCUAUUCAUUGGUCUGGCUAAAGAGAGAAUGGGUCUAGUAAGGUUUAGGAAGUUGAGCUUUAACAUGAUCUUUGUGUUUUUUCUUAGAGGAUUAGUUUAGCUGUGCUAUUUUAGUUCAUAUCAGUUUUCUUGAUAUAUAGAAAAUUCAAUAUAUCAAUGAGAUAUUCCUCCAGAAGCACAGAAUCCUACCAUGUGAAAAUUGGAAGGAAUCUUAGCAAUUAUCUACUCUAAUCUCUUUGUUUUAAAGAUGAAACUAAGGUACAGAGAAUUAAGUGACUUGCCUGAUAUUAUAGCUAGUUAGUAGUAAUAAACUGUGAAAACUUAAAAGUUACUGUAUUACAAAAUUUAUUAUUAUACACUAUUAAUUUUACAUUUAGUGAGUCAGUAGGAAAAUCUUUGCAUAUUGUUCAUUUUCUUUGAAAGAGGAAAAAAGACUUCUGACAGAGCUAGAACUCUACCACUUGCAGCAGAAUUGCUUGUAGAAAAUGACUAAGUCAUUCAGAACUCUGAGUAAAUUUUCUUCAAGAAAUGUGAUGUCAUUAAAAUGGUUUUUAAAGAGAACUCAUAGAAAUUAAAAAUUUAAAAGAAUGAUUGCAUCUUGGAAUCAUUUAUUUCAUGACAAGAAGUAUAACAGGUUGCUGAGAUAACUGAAAUUUUCUAGUGAAAUCCUGAGUUUGUUUAUAUAUCUUCUUCAGUUUUACAGAACAACAGAUGUCAGAGUUUUAACUCUCUUGAUGUGCAGAAAUGUCCAAUCAUGACAGUUGAUCUAAACACAAUAUAGUUUGGUUCUAUAAGCUUAAUUAUUAAAGGCCUCAUAAUAUGCAUGUUUUAGGAAAAUAUUUAGCCACACACUGGUUUGCAUAUAUGCAAAUAACUUUAUUCUUGAAUAAUGUGGGUGCCAUUCUUUUUUUUUUUUUUAAGAUUUUAUUUGACAGAAACAGACAGUGAG